AAAGGCCUGCUAGAAAGUGUUUCCAGCGCAACUCCUCUCUCUUCUCUCUCUCUCUCUCUGUCUCUCUCUCCUCUCUCUCCCUCCCUCCACCGAGCAAAUCUCACACGCGUUUCUGGAGAAGGGAGAUACCACUUGCCGGACAUCAGAGAAGCUCCUUUUCACGGCCAGCCGGCGAGCAAUGUGUAACUCACGCGCCGCCGCCUUCCUGGAGGUCCUCCUCGUCAGCUCCCUCAUAGCUCUCGCCUCUGCUCAGGGAUCUACCAAAUGGCUCACUCUGUCCGGAAAUCCGCCAUUGGUUAUAGCACGGGGUGGAUUCUCGGGGAUAUUUCCGGACUCCAGCUUGUUUGCUUACAACUUGGCAAUGAUUACGAGUGUCCCGGACGUGGUCAUGUGGUGUGAUGUCCAGUUGACAAAAGACGAGGCUGGUAUUUGUGCUUCUGAUCUCAGGCUAGACAACUCUACUAGCAUUGCAUCCGCCUUCCGGGAUAAAGAGAAAACUUAUGAUGUCAACGGUGUGUCCAUGAAAGGGUGGUUCUCCAUUGAUUUUACCCUCAAAGAUCUAGCAACCGUCUACUUAACUCAGGGAAUCGGUUCUCGAUCGCCUAGGUUUGAUGGAAAUUUCUUACCAAUACUUACAGCUCAAGAAGUGAUUCAGCAGUUGAAACCACCAGGUCUCUGGUUGAACAUUCAGCAUGACCAGUUCUUCUCACAACAUAAUUUGAGUAUGAGAAAUUAUGUGCUUUCUACCUCAAGAAGCGUGCCUGUUAGUUACAUCUCAUCACCAGAGGUGAAUUUUCUGAGGAGUAUUGUGACACGAUUUAAUAGAACCAGGACAAAACUGGUUUUCAGGUUUCUGGCACGAAAUAUUGUCGAGCCUUCUCGCAGCCAGACCUAUGAUUCUCUUUCAAAGAACCUUGCAUUCAUCAAGACAUUUGCUUCAGGGAUCCUCGUCCCAAAGGCUUAUAUUUAUCCAGUUACUCCAGAAAACUAUGUGCAACCUUAUUCCUCCAUAGUGUCAGAUGCCCAUAAAAUUGGACUGGAAGUUUAUGCAUCUGACUUUGUUAACGACCAACCUCUGAGCUACAAUUACAGUUAUGAUCCCAUAGAGGAGACGUUGCACUACAUUGACAAUGGCGUAUUCUCUGUCGAUGGUUUGCUCACAGAUUUCCCCAUUACUCAAUCUGAGGCCAUUGAUUGCUUUGCUCAUGUAGGCAAAAACAAUUCAAGACAAGUCAAAUUUUUGGUCAUCUCGUAUAAUGGAGCAAGUGGGGACUAUCCCAGUUGCACUGACAAGGCAUAUACAAAAGCUAUACAAGAUGGGGCUGAUGUUAUCGAUUGUCCUGUUCAAAUGUCAAAGGAUGGGGUCCCUUUUUGCUUCCAAUCCAUCAAUCUCAUGGAAGCUAGUAAUAUUGCCCAAUCAGAGUUCCGCAAUCGCACAACUACAAUUCUGGAGCUUAGGCCCGGCCCUGCAAUUUUCAGUUUUAGCCUUACCUGGAGCGAAGUCCAAUCAUUGACACCACAAAUCUCAAACCCUUAUCAGGCCUUCUCCUUGUACAGAAACCCAGCAAACAGAAUGGAAGGGAAGUUUGUAUCUUUGUCAGAUUUUCUAGCCUUGGCAAGGAAUACUUCUUUGUCGGGCGUCCUGCUCCGCAUAGAGAACGCUACCUACCUCGCUGAGAACCAGGGACUGAGUGUAACUGAUGCUGUCCUUGAUGUCCUGAGCAAAGCUGGCUACAAUAACCUGACGACAAUGAAGGUUAUGAUUCAGUCCACCAACAGCUCAGUCCUAACUAAGAUAAAAGGGCAUGGCAACUACGAGCUCGUGUAUGAGGUCGACGAGAACAUUCGCGAUGCCGCGAACUCCACCGUGGAGGACAUCAAGAGCUUUGCCAACUCUGUUGCCGUAACAAAGAUGUCUGUCCUACCCACAAACUCACUUUACCUCACCAUGCGGACUAAUACUGUCGCGAAGCUACAGGCGUACAAGCUUCCUGUCUACGUACAGCUCUUUAGCAACGAGUUUGUAUCCCAGGCAUGGGAUUUCUUCUCAGAUGCGACUGUUGAGAUUAACUCUUUUGUGACGGGGGCGGGUGUUGAUGGCGUGAUCACAGAUUUUCCAAGGACAGCUGCUACUUACAAAAGGAACAAAUGUCUUGGGUUGGGUGCCAAAACUCCGGCUUACAUGACUCCGGUUGGACCCGGGUCCCUUGUGGAGCUCAUCCCCCCCUCAGACCUUCCACCCGCGCAGCCUCCUUCUCCAGUCCUCACGGACUCCGAUGUAAAUGAGCCACCACUUCCAGCCGUUGUAGCGAAAGCCCCUUCCCCAACCCCAGGGGCAAACAUACCCACUGCCCCUACCCCAAGAGGCAAUGGCCAGCCCAAACUUUCUGCCCCUAUCUUCCUCUCGGUUCUACCGGUCCUUGUCGCCUCGUUGUUUCUUGCACUGUAAAACCGUGGCCUACGAGUUCUUGGUCAUCUGAUAACAUGCUGAUUCAAAUGCGAGGAUCUCAUGUCAAUGGGCCUCGUGAUGGGUCUCGAUCGGGUUUUCCUUUCUCCCCCUUCACUUUCUUACUCUUGGACAGCAUCAGAUUCUUUCCUCUCGGAUCUUGUAGGUAUAGUCAUUCGUCAUGUAAUUUAGAUACUCCGAGUUCGUUCAAAGGUACAUGCUGAUUUGGGGUCAUUCCCUUUUUUGGGUCAUUGUAAUAUUUAUCAUUAUUGUUCACUUAUGAAUCUAUGAUUCUUGUGUGUAUCUAAUCAAUCUGUAUGGACAUAACAGCUGACGGCGAUAAUGUGGGA